UAUCCGAUAUACACUUACAGAAGAGGGAACCUGCUGUAGCUGCGAUGGGACUCCGGCAGUGGAAUGAAGGACUGUUCGGCAUUUUUCUAUGAAAUGCUGCUUAGAUGCAAGAAGAAAUAUGGACUGCCGACCAGAAAUUUCUCAACAGCACCAGACUCCUCAUUUCAAUUAAUUUUAUGCAGGAAAUAGAUACAAACAGAGAGGGGAAAGUUGACCUGGUUGCCUUUGGAUAUUGCAGUGUUGUACCGUGAAAUACAUUUAAGUUUAUGGCAGCUUGACAGGAUAUUAUAAUUCAUUGCAAGAAGACAAGAAGACGUCCGUUUCUUUAAAGAUCGGGAUGAUAACACAGCAAGACGUUCUUGUGGAUUUUAUUUAUAUUUAAUGCGAUGGGCUGUAUCCAGAGUAUUAGGUGUAAGCCCAAGAGUUUCCGCGAAAGUAUCAUCGUGCUCGAAGUGAAUUCUUCCAUCGAUUCCAAUCCCACCAGCAUCGACGAGUCCUCUGGCGUGGUUCUGCGAUACCGGACACCGCACUUUCGAGCCUCAGCCCGGGUGCUGGUGCCGCCCGUGGCUGGUAAAGAGACUUGGACUGUGGGUUGGAUUCAAGCCUGCAAUCACAUGGAAUUCUACAACAACUACGGGACGAAGGGAAUGUCAAGUUGGGAGCUCCCAGACCUAAGGGAAGGGAAAAUCCAGGCGAUAAGCGAUUCGGAUGGAGUGAACUACCCCUGGUACGGCAACACCACGGAGACGUGCACCAUCGUGGGACCCACCAAGAAGGAUACAAAGUUCACCAUUAGCAUGAACGACAACUUCUAUCCGAGUGUGACCUGGGGUGUGCCGGUGAGCGACAGCAACCUGCCGCUGCUGAGUAGCAUCUGGCGGGACCAGAGCUUCACCACGUGGCUAGUGGCCAUCAACCAGGGUUCGGGUGAGACCCUGGUGCUACAGACAGUGCGUUGGAGGAUGCAGCUUCACAUAGUGAUCGACCCGGACAAGCCUCUGGGCCAACGGGCCACGCUGAUGGAGCCUGUCAUACAAGAACAGCCGCAGAUCCUUGGCAAAAAUGAGCCCAUCCCGACCAACGCCAUGGUCAAACCCAACGCCAACGAUGCCCAGGUCCUUAUGUGGCGACCAGGUGUUGGGGAGCCCAUAGUGGUCAUCCCACCCAAAUAUUGACCAUGGUGACCCAUGGUACUUUUUCGAAGAACAACAAUGACAUGAAAUAGGACGGGGGAAAAUUUGAUUUUCAAAAUGAGAGUUAAUGCAACCUUUCUACCUUUAAAGAGGGUCGGGUAUCACUGUGCUCAAGUCACUGCAAAAAAAAAAAGAAAAAGAAAAAGAAAAAAAAAACAAACCUUGCAUUUUUUGACUUGCUUUUCAUUGGGAACAUUAUUCUUGCGUGAUUAAUGUACAUGUUGGAAACAAACACCCAAGGUCACACCUUCUGUAUUCAACUUUUACCUGUUUAUUUAUGGAGUGAAAGGAAUAUUAUAUAUAUAUAUUUUUUUGUUACUGGGGGCAUUGCUUAGUUAAAAAAGGACUGAACAUAGCGCAUGGAAGGUAAUGCUGUUCAUGGUUACACUUUCAUUUGCCGCAUGAGUCAUCCACCCACACUGCCUUAAGUUCGCAUCGCUUUUCACCCAGAGAUUACUGCCUUAACCGAUAAGCUUCCCGCUUUUCCCGCCAUUUUCGUUCUUGAUGCCUGAGGUGCAAACAGUUCAGGAUGAGGAGAACGGGGGCCGCGCUUGCCAGCAGGGAACGUGCCCAAACCCAUGAGAAUACCUCUUACCCUCAAAUAACCGUGGACUCAUGAACCAGUUCAGGCAAACCAAACAUAGAUGUUAUGCAACAGACAGACACAUAUAACCAGGGGUGUCGGAGGGGCAUGGAUACUCUGGCAGAUUCAGGAGGCCCAGCACUUUACAGGGGCCUGAAUCCUACUGUGGGGCAUGUUCUAGCAGCCCAAGGUUUUAUCAAGGGGCCCAGAAGUUCUAGCUACGCCCCUGUGUUUAAAUUGUGUGUAACAGAACAUUCAGAACCUGGUGCAGACUAGACUAUGGUACAUGACUAUAAUAUCUAUCAAGUCACGUGGCAGGAGCAGCCAAAGAUCUAUCGAUUAGUCUCAGACCCUUUCUUCUAAGCCAAACGUCCAGACGUGACCCUGCAAGUUACUUGGCUUUUUGUGGUCAAUCCCGCCUUUGCAUAAGAGUCUUCCAGUUCGGUGCCGGUCCCCACCAGUGAGCCCUUCACCUGUCAGCCCGCCUGCCUGCCCCCCUUUGGCUUUAAGCAGAGAUGACCAGCCUGCCCGAUCGAUACCGAUAUUAAUAAGCAAUCAGAUGUGUAUGCCAGGAGUCUGCGGGAAGGUUUAAUGAAAACAUUUAAUAACUCCAGCAGUGGAGCAGCACUUUGAAAAGCGUCAUUAGAAUAAAUCAUUCUCACUUUUAGAACCUCUGCAGCUUCUGAAGGCUGGAGAAUGUGCACAGCGUUUUAUGCCCCCCCCACCCCCCCCUUCCAUCUAAUUAGAUCACUGCAGUUUGUUAGGAUCGCACUUGAUGCAAGGACAAGCAAGCAAGCAGGCAAGCGAUCAGGCGCCACGUGGCCGUCUCAACCCUGACUGUAGUCGCUCCCUGUACAAUAUUUGCAUUUUGUUUUUAUUAUCUCAAUCUAUUAAUCAAAUUGCUUGUGAGAUGACGGCCAGGAUAUAUGACACCUAAGCCAUGUGUUCUCAGGCUAAAUUUCAACUGGAAAAGGGGAAGAGUGUGUUAAUUUGAAUAAAAAUACAUUUUUCUUUAUCUCCCAAAAAAAAAAACAGUAGCAGAAAAGGAAGGACGUUUGUCACUCACAGGAACACGUCACCGGAAUGAGGUCUUACUGUUAGAGGGAAGCAGUAUAUUUGCCUGAAACUCAUCAGAUUACGCUGCCUUUCAUUGUGCUGGCCUUUGAGAAAUGUCGUUGGGUCUUGCUGUUCGGUCUCAAUCCGAGCUGAGCAGAGCUGCUAGGCUAGAAGGACAGCAAAAAGGAGACGCGCGUAUACCUUUAGCAUCAUAAACAACUAGCAAUUUUGACUGACUGGAUUUCUUUAAAAAAAAGGCUGCUGAUAGUUGAACUAGUCCGGUGUCUGAAAAGCCCUGUUUUGUCUACUUCAGUCCUUAUCCGAUUGUAUACUCCAUGUGAUUUUGACGGCCUUAGUCAUAGCUGUACCCAGGUACUGUACAUGCGCUGUGACAGGUGUGGACAGAGUUGUCAGUCAAACCUCAAGACAAUUACUUCUUUAAUAGUAUUUUUUAUUUGCAAAUCGUGUUUGAGUCAACAAUGUGAAACCAUCCGUACCAAAUAUGAUUAAAUUGUUAUUAGAAAGUGUUUUCCCUCUCCCUCCCCCAUCUGAGAGGGGAAGAAGCUGACAAGUUAAUCCAGCCUUAAAAUCUAACAGACGUGUUUAUUUCUGGCUCCUACUAUAAUGUGGAUCGUAGAGCUUCUUUCUCGCACAAACCGGAGACAGACACACUGAGCUCAGAAGGGCUUGGCUUGAGGUUGACGGUACAGCCAGAGAAGCCAGCAGCUGCCAGACCUUUGCCAAAUGUCACUUCCGUCUGUGUUUUAUGUGAUAGGUGUCACGUCCGGCAGGGUCCAAAUUUUGAAACACCGAUGUGUGACGCGAAACGGACAAAGGGCCGAAUCAGAUCAAACGUGUGUCCCAGAGGGGCUGGGGGUGAGGCCUGCUUUUACAGUAUCGAUAUAUCGAUAUGGUGAAAUGUCCUCAUCUUUCAUUAGUGGUUCCUGGCAUCAAUGUGGCCAUGCAGUAAUGAUGCGAAUGUAGAAGGGGGCUGUUACUUAACAGUGAGACUGGUGUUGGAGUGUUGAGUGGGGGGACAGGGUCAGAUAGUGCUUUUAAAAUACUGCAGAUUUAUGCUAAUUACAGAGGAGAACGUUACCUGGUUCAUGCAGGCCUCCUAGUAUUCGUUGUAAAAGUUUCUGUCUCUUUGAAGGAAUUACCCUGGUUAGGCCUCUUUUUUUGGAUAACUACACGCCAAACUAUUGCAGUACUUUUGCCACGGCUCAGAGCAGGAGUCUGCCGGAUCCAGAGGGGGCGUCAGAGAGGGGGCCUUUCAGAAGGGAGGCCGCAGGAUGCCGGGAUGUUCAGUAUCGCCACGUUUUCACACUGUGGAGCUGCCUCGAUGUUGGCCCGCACAGAGUGCUCUCCUGAUUCUCGCACACCCCACCUUAGAUCUCCCGAGGUUGGAAGUCCCUCGUGAUGGGGGGGGGGAAAAUCGCUGAGUCGUCACAGCGCCAUUCUGCGGGGAGAGCGCCAAGCCCGACCCGGGAGACAUCGGCACUCACCCCGACAUCCUUGACGACGUCUUUGUCGAUCAUGCUGUUUUCGCAUUCAGAAACGUACUAAAGAGCACUGCACAGUUAACGCAGCUAGCUGGGGGAUUCUGAGGCACCGUCAGCCACUGCGUAAACAAGCGCUUGCCCCAGAUCAGGAAGUCUUUCUGGAAGAGCCCCCCCGAGGUGGGAGGGGGGUGGGACGGAACAACCCUUCUACUAACUACUAAUUCUCUACACGAUGGUGAAGACCAGCACCAGCUCAGUCUCACAUGGUCCAGGCUGUGAGAAUCACCCCUGAGACAUACCUGGAUGCUGCAGUAGUCGUUUCAUGUUGAGUCUCCCUACCUCUGCAAACACACACAUUCUACAGCUAGGAAUCCCAGUCCUGGUUUCUUUCGUCCUCUGCUUUUCCGUUCUGUUAGAUUUACGUGUAUGAAGCACAUUUGUUUGUUUUUUUUGGACAUGUUUGACGUUUAUAUUGUCGAGGAUUUACCUGCAUAGUGGCAAUUAGUAACAGGACAAAUUAAUAAAAAUAAAACACAAAUAGUGGCAGUUAUUUCUGUUAUUGCAAUUUUUGUUUCCCUAUGUUGAUUGAAAAGGACAUUUUUUGUCAUGACAUUGAUACUUGAAAAUAGAAUUAUUCUGGGAUAUAUGAAACUGUGAAAAUGGACAAAAAAAUAAAAUAAAUUUUUUGAUGAAUAAAAAGAUG